GAGCAGUCUUUUCCUACGAAGGGCACUUGAUAAAAAGGCUAAAACGAAGAACGCAAAAUAAAAUAAAAAUGGAAUUCAAGGAUCACGAUUACACGAACUCCACUUAUGAUAAAGUCACCCCCUUGGAGUUCACAUAUAAAAUGAAUUCAAAGGAAAUUGAAGCCUUUGUGAAGCUGAGGGUUUCAAAUAAUUACCUCUUUUCUGGAAGGAGAAAUACUUCGAUGUGGGCAUGGAGAACCAUCCUGAGACAUAUGGGCUUGCAACACAAGAUGACCCAUAGUCAAGCAUCCAAAAAAUGGGAAAACAUGAAGAAAAGAUACAAGGAGCUAAAGAGCCCUCCCGACGGUGUGAAAGUGUUUCCUGAGGUCUGGCCUUAUUUCAGUCUGAUGGACGACGCCAUGGAGGGUCGGCUGGAAGGCAGCGCCCCCAUCCUCAAAGUCUUCUCCAACGACAAAGACAGCAGCGGUUUCUUACCCAUCUCCAGACCCAAGACGAGGAAGGUGUCCAUGGUGAUAAACUCCAGUACGGCUUCAUUAGUAGACGGGCCAGAGAUCGAGGUUUCCCAAAACAGAGAUGAGGAUGGGGAGGAGGAGGCGGUGCAGGAGGGAAGCCAAGAGAUAGACUGCAUCAUGCAAGAGGUGGAUGACGAGAGAAACACGCUGGAUAGCCAAAGACAGGUGAUGGAAAGGGAGAAGCAGGUGAUGGACAGGGAGAAACAGGUGAUGGACAGGGAGCGGCUGGUGCUGCAGAGGGAGAGAGUGGUGCUGGACAGGGAGAACGCCGCUCUGGACCGAGACCGAGCUUUGCUGGAGAGGGAGAGGGCGACGAUGGAGAGAGAAAAGGCAGUGAUGGAGAGGGAGAGGGGGAUGGUGGAGAAAGACAGAGAGGCUCUGAGCAGGGAGCGGCUGGCUCUGGAGCGAGAGAAAGCCAGGCUGGAGAGACUUUGUGAGGUCAAAGAAAAGACUGAGGAGGUUACAGGGGACUGCAGCAAGGUGAAAGACUCAGACGUCAUGGACAGGAAGGAGCGCUUCCUCAACCUGUUUGAAAAACUGAUUGAACAUUUUUGAUUCCUUGGGUUUUACUGCACAAAAACUUCCCCGAAAAAACUUUUUUAAAAGAUAUGUAUAUAUAUAUAUAUAUAUAUAUAUAUAUAUAUAUAUAUAUUUCUUAGUUGUUUCCACCUUGGCUGCAUCUGCGCAUAAUGCACAUUAUACUAACCUACAAGUU